AUGGCGACCACCAUGCGCCUGUGCAAUGGCCUUUUUCUACGCACUUUGUAGCUGUGUCUUGUUGAUGGAAAUUUCCGUUCAUAAUAGUUUCUCAAUUAUAAGUCAUAUAUUCAUUCGUUUUAGAAAAAUGUUAAUUUAGGUGAAUACUGCGUCAUUGCCAAACGGAAUUAUAGAAUUGUUGCAGCAAAUAUCGAACUGUCAAGAGCAUUGUGCUUGUUUUUCACUGGAGUUCUUUCCCUUGUGCUAUUUUUGAAGUUGAUCAACUUUUGAAGUUAUUAUUUUUCGUUGAUAUGGAGUUCCACGGUGGUGGGUCUGGUGGGGUCGUGGUCAGUGGCAGUAAUGUACCUGCAUUUCUUACGAAACUUUGGACUCUUAUUGAGGAUCCGGACACCGAUCCUCUGAUAUGCUGGAGCCCAAAUGGCAACAGCUUCCAUGUGUUUGAUCAGGGCCAAUUCUCCAAGGAGGUGCUUCCCAAGUAUUUCAAACACAAUAACAUGACCAGCUUUGUACGCCAGCUCAAUAUGUACGGCUUCCGCAAAGUAGUCCACAUUGAGCAGGGCGGUCUGGUGAAGCCUGAGAAGGAUGACAUGGAAUUCCAGCAUCCCUACUUCAUCCGCGGACAGGAGCCUCUGCUUGAAAAUAUCAAACGGAAAGUUACCAAUGUGUCCAAUGUUAAACAUGAAGACCUCAAGAUGAGCUCAGACGAUGUCUCGAAAAUCCUGACCAACGUGCAGAACAUAAAAGGCAAGCAGGAGACCAUAGACUCCCAAAUCAUCGCCAUGAAGCAUGAGAAUGAAACUCUUUGGAGAGAGGUGGCCAGCCUCCGACAGAAACACGUCCAGCAGCAGAAAGUCGUUAACAAGCUCAUCCAGUUCCUAGUGACCCUGGUGCAGUCCAACAGAGUCCUGGGGAUGAAGAGAAAGAUUCCCCUGAUGCUGAACGACAGCAGCUCCGCCCACUCCAUGCCAAAGUACAGCAGGCAGUACUCUCUGGAACACCUUCAGUCCUCGCUGCAGGCAUCGUCCUCUAUCUCUCCCUCGGGCUCCCCAUUCACCAGUACAGGUCUCUUCACGGCGGAGUCGUCACUUAACAACGGCCCCAUAAUCUCAGAUGUCACUGACCUGGCUCAGGCCAGCCAUGUGGAGGUCACCAAUGAGUGGAUGGAGGAAAGCACGAGCCCAUUGGUCCACAUAAAGGAGGAGCCAUCCAGUCACAUGUUGGAGGAGGUGUGUCCUGCUGAGGUUGUGAUUGGGGGGGCAGGGGUACAGGUUGACACGCCUCUGUCCCCCAUCAACUUCAUCAACUCCAUCCUGCAGGAGAGCAAUGAGCCUAAUGCGGCCCCUGCCCCCACGACCCCUACGGAGCAGAAGUGUCUCAGCCUCGCCUGUCUAGACAAUUCUACACAGAAGUCAGAGGUCUCCCGCCUCUUCCCCUGCCCCUCCUCGUCUCUACACCUCAGACCUAUCCCAGGGAGUGAGCUGAGUGACCAUUUGGACUGCAUUGACAAUGGCCUGGAAAACCUCCAGACUAUCCUGAAUGCACAGUCCAUCAAUUUUGAGUCAUCACCCUUCUUUGAAUUCUUCAGUUCUUCCCUGCCUGGCUCUGAAUUCGACCUGGAGAGCCUUGACAGUAUCCAGGACUUGCUUUCAUCGGAUCCACCUAAAGGGGCUGAGAGAAGUGACAACUACACCGGGAAGCAGCUUGUCCAGUACACCACCCAGCCAAUGUUACUGACUGACCCGUUGACCAGUGAGAACGGGGGGGCGGACCUCCCCUCUCUGCUGGAGCUGGAGGGGGACUUAUAUUUCAGCCAGGACCCUGAAGAGGAACCUACCAUCUCACUCCUCACCUCUGACACAGAAGCACCAGACAAGCCCAAAUUAUCCUAAAGAAACUUUUUAUGAAGGGAUGUACUAGUAUGUUUAAUUUUAUUUUGUUGUGUUCAUGUGCAGAUGAUGACAAAUCACCCUGGUUGAAUCCAAAUGAUGGUUGUUCACUAUUCUCUAUGAGCUAUUGAGCUUCAUUCAUUUCAAGGCUUAAACUUCCUAGUGAAAGAAUUUUGCUUUAAAAGUUUGACUUAAAUUACUGCCAUGGUUUGUUCAGCGCUUGGAAGUGACUUCCUGGGUUGAAUUAUCUGUGGUCUUAUUGGCGGGCCUUAUAUAAAACUACCUAAAAGCUUAAUCAUUACCAGGUUUAGUUUUAAGCAUUGAUCACCAAGCACCUUUAACUAGUAGAUGUGGAAGUAUUCAGAAUAAUUGUUGUAACAAUACAGGGCAUAGAUUCAGUACAUUACUGUUUCUGGGGGAAAAAACACUUCAUCUUUUUGUUUCUCUUUUUUCCUGGGAGGGGUAUUUUCUUUUACCUAUUGAUAUAAGGGUAGUACCUUUAUAAUGUUAAGUGUUUUAAGUCUUUGUGCUGCACCAUUAUCUUGAUUUAUUCACGGUAGAUGCAGAAAGUGUUUUAUUUGACAUGUUUUCAUUGCAUAAUUCAUAAUGGAAUGCUGUUGGUACUUCAGCACCUUUUAUAGUAAUUGAAGUUUGAGUUCCUUUAGUUGCUAACAUCUAAGCAUUCUAGAAGAAUAUAAUUUAUAAAAGCCUCAUGAGCUUAGUUCAACUGUCAUUCCCCAUCAGAACCCAAAAUGAACAUCUUGUUUUGUUUGUAAACAAUGUAUACUGAACCAAAAUAUAAAUGCAACAAUUUCAAAGAUUUUAUUGGUUACAGUUCAUAUAAGGGAGUCAUUCAAUUGAAAUUAAUUAGGCCUCAAUCUAAGGAUUUCACAUGACUGGGUAGGGGUGCAGCCAUGAAUGGACCUUGGAGGGUGUAGAGGCCCACCAGAAUAAGUUUUCCCCCAGAAAAGGGCUUUAUUACAGACAGAAAUACUCCUCAGUUUCAUCAGCUGUCUGGGGGACUGGUCUCAGACUAGAUGCCAGACGGGGAGGUCCUGGGCUGGCCUGGUUACACGUGGUCUGCUUUUGUGAGGCCGGUUGGACGUACUGCCGAAUUCUCUGAAAUUACUUUGGAGGCGGCUUAUGGUACAGAAAGUAACAUUCAAUUCUCUGGCAACAGCUCUGGUGGACAGUCCUGCAGUCAGCAUGCCAAUUGCAGUCUCUCUUAAAACUUGAUACAUCUGUGGCAUUUUGUUGUGACAAAACUGCCCAUUUUAAAGUGGAAUUUUGUCACCAGCACAAGUUGGACAUGUAUAAUGUUCAUUCUGUUUAAUCAGAUUCUUGAUAUUCAGCACCUGUCAGGUGGGUGGAAUAUCUUAGCAAUGGAGAAAUACAGGGAUGUAAACAAAUUUGUGCAGAAAAUUUGAGAAAAAUAAGCUUUUUGUUUGUAUGGAACGUUUAAUCUCAUGAAACAUGGGUCAAGUCUUUACAUAUUGUGUUUAUAUUGUUGUUCAGUGUAAAUGUAAACAAACACUAUAUAGCCUUAACACGGUUGGGCUGUGUUUCGGAGGACGCGCGGCUCUCGACUCCCGAGUCCGUACGGGAGUCACAGCGACGAGACAAGACUAACUACCAAUUGGAUACCGCGAAAUUGGGAGAAUUUUUUUUAUUGGGAUUUCAUGGAUGGUCACUCCUUGCAUCUUCAGCUCUAGGAAGUUGAGGUUACAUUUCUCUAGGCCCAUACCUCAGCUUUUUACCAAUACAGAAUCCUGGGGGGGGACUUUAUUGUUUCGAUUAAGGGCUCUAGCGUGUACUGUUGGUGGUGGUACGUGUACUGUUGGUGGUGGUACUGGAGUUGGAGAACACUGUUCUAGUGCAGGGAAUCAGCAGUGUAGUUGUAGGGCAAAUACCAAAAUGGGGGGGGGGGGUGGGGGGUCAGGAAUGAGUUUGUGAACCCUGUUUUAGUGGAUAACCCUUUUGUUCACUUCAAGUAUUCAUGUCUUGAAAUCAAAUCCAUUGAAUUAUGACUGGCCUUUUAUGCAAUUUGUACAGACUGCUUUUAGGACGCUUUCUGUCUUUGACAAGAGACGGACAUAAUAUCCCCGAGGUAAUUAUUUGCGAGCCAGCAUAUCCCAUUAUGAGUAUUGCUUUUUGGAAAAUAGUUGAAUUUAAAGCAGGAUGACAUGUAUGUCCUCCCUCAAUGUCUACUCAAUCCUUACAGUCCUCAUUUCUCAUCUGGAAGCCUGUUUCCCUCAAGCUUUCUUAUUAUUUUUUGUCAAAUCCUUUUCUAGGAAAACAAAUCCACCAUUGAAUGGUUCAAGUGUGAGGAACUUUGUGAAAUGUUACUUAUACUGCCCCCGGAGGUCAUUUUGAGUUCAAACUAGUUUUUAUUUUUAUGAAUGGCCAUUGAGACGGAGAAGGGGGAAUUAUUGCAGUGUAUUGAUAUGCGGAAUUUUGAGUUUAGAACUUUUAACAAUUUUACCGUAGCACAAUGUCACAGCCUGAGAAUCCCAAAUUACGCAUGAGAACAAUAUUUUGUAUAUGGUAUGUUUCAAAUAAACAUGGUUGUUUUCAAAAAAAUGAAUUGUACAUUAUCUGCUGCAUUUAAGGUGAAAUUGUAGUUGCAAUUGAUUGAGUAAUCAGUUGGAGAAAUUAGUUUGAUGUUCAAAAAUAGAUGUUACUUUGAAUGUAGAGUUUUUACUUUCAAAUUACAUACAUUUAGCAAUGUACCAUUUCUGACAGUGGAGAUGAAUAUCUCACAUUUUCUAUACUCGGAAGUACAGUACUUGCUGAAAUAACAAACCUUCAUAAAGAUUCAGUAUAUUAUUUGAGCUUUUGUACAAUUUUCACAGGGAUUAAAACACUGAUCCGUA